AAAAGGGUGAACGGUCAACCAGUACAUACUACAAGUCUUGUUAACAAGGCAUUGAACCAAAGAACUACCAACGAUGCAGUCAAAACUCAUCCUCGCCCUCCUCACUGCCAGUCUCUCCAGCGCUAUUCUCGCUGAACCUAACGUGGCUGAGCUCUGCUCACGCCUCGUUACCAACUGUAACACCGGAUGCGAGAGUGAUACGUUAACCGCUGGAUGCGCAACUCAAGCGUGCAACGAUUAUUGCCAGUGCAAGUACUGCUCAGGGGGCACUGAAGUGGCUUGCGAUGCGACAUGUAAACCACAGUUCUUUUAGAUUUUAGGGGUUUUGUUGGGGGCAUCGAAAAUUCACGACCUGCGGUUCGGAGGCCUUUCUGUAGUCAUUUGGGAUAGGCUGUUUUAGUAUCGAUACAGCGAUAUGUGAGGAUAUGGUGAUUCUGGGACAAUGUCGAGUCUAGGGAAUAUCUGAUAACUCAUAUGAACGCUGGGCGGAAUUGAAAAAAUGCCGCCCGAUGCCGUAUUUCAAGGCCAAUAACGGCAUCGUUCUUACAGUUGCGAC